AUGUCAACAGUAGAACAAGUAGGAGCUCAAUCGCAGGAGAAGCCAGCGUUGUCUGCCCUCCAGGACCCUCGGUCCACACCAGCUCCGCCGCUUGACAAGGGAGUGGAAGAGCCAGAGAAGCCCUUUGAGCUGGACGAGGUAGCCAAGAGCCUCUAUGUGUACCGUCCAGCACCUCUCAAGAAGAAUCAGAAGACCGAGGGCGCUCUGGAAGGCAUUGCGCCCCCGAGAGUUGUUCUACUCCUGGGUUGGAUGGACGCUCCUCUGCCUCUCCUACUCAAGUACGCAAAGCCGUACGCUACUCUGCUUCCCCAAAGCACCAUCAUGAUCAAGCUCUCCAAUGGCAAAUCGCAUAUGAACACGGACAAAUCCAACUCUCUCAAAGUGCUGCAUCGGCUUCUGGCAGAAGAGACGGCCAAGGAAGACUCUAGACGCAAGCUACGAGAAGAGAUGGGGAGAGUAGAUGCUUCGAGGAGUGGUUUGAGCCUGGAUGUGGAUAAGCGGGAGAAGCAGAAGCAGCAGUUGAGCGAAUCGAAGGUCACGCUUGUGGAGAACGAAAACGAGACCGAAGGGAUGAAGAAGACGGAGGAGGACCAAGAGGUAGAAGAUGCUGCACCUCCCCCCUCUGUCCCACCUUCUCUCCCAGCUCAACCGUAUGGCCUCCUCGUACACUCCUUCUCCGACGGAGGAGGCAAUAACCUCGCUCACCUCCUCCGAACGUCUACACUUUCUCUCACUCCGCGCGCAACGAUCUUCGAUUCCUCUCCCUCAAAGGGCAGGGCAUGGGAGGGUGCUACUGCCUUCACUAUGCCCUUGGCCGCACGGUCGAGGCCCUGGCUCAUACGCGUGCUCCUCAGACAGACAUUCAGGAUCAUCAUCUUCAUGGUCUUCCAAUUCGUCCUCGCUCUGCACAAGUUGAGAGGUCAGGCCAGUCGUAAUGCGCGUAUGAGGACGGCGCUGAACGACCCCAAGCUCUGGCCACGGAAAGCCAUCACAGAGGCAGAAGAUGGGAAGCAAGUCCUGCUCCCACCUAGACUUUACCUCUAUUCAAAGGCAGACGCACUUGUGCCAUAUCAGGCAGUCGAAGAGCACGCAAGGAGAUGCGCAUCAGCCCAAUCUAUUCCUGCGGCGAAAGUCGUCGAUAUGGAAGGGCCUCAUGCAAAGGAGCGAGGAGAGGAGAAGGUGACAGUGCUGGAUGCUCAGGAGAGAAUCGUUCUCCGGAGAUGGACCCAGGCGCCUCACUGCUCCCUCUUAAGGCAUGAUUACGAGGGGUAUAUGGGCGAGGUCAAGAAUUUCUUGCGUCGGAAUUUGAAGCCAGAAGAGUGA